AUGGCAACAACGUCAACAACAAGCAUGGAAACCGAAAACCCGAAGAAGCGAAAGUUCGAGCACAAACCAAACAAAAACAAUGCCCUCGCAGUGAAGAAGAUCAAAUUACUGGAGAAUCGCAAGCAGCUUCCAAUCUGGAGCCAAGCCAAAAAGAUCCGCGCUGCCCUCCGAGAGAACAACGUACUGGUACUAUCCGGAGAAACAGGUUCUGGAAAGUCUACCCAAGUUCCUCAAUUCCUACUCGAAUCACCAUGGUGUCUCGGCAAGAUCGCUGUCACGCAACCGCGUAGGGUGGCUGCUAUAACACUGGCCAGGCGUGUCGCCGAGGAAAUGGGGUCUCCUCUAGGAUCAGCAAGUCCGGCGAGCAAAGUCGGGUACAGUGUUCGUUUUGACGACAAUACGAGCGCUGGAACGAAGAUCAAGUACUUGACCGAAGGUAUGCUUUUGCAGGAAAUGCUACGGGAUUCGAGUAUGAAGCAGUAUAGCUGCAUCAUCGUGGAUGAAGUGCACGAACGGAGUGUGGAUGUCGAUUUGCUUUUGGGAUUUCUCAAGGGCCUCCUCAACGAUGAAAGGAGGGUUGAUAAUCCGCUGAAAGUUGUCAUCAUGAGUGCGACAGCGGAUGUGGAGAGCAUUUCCACCUUCUUCCAAGACACGGCAAAGGUGGCGCAGUGUCAUGUGGAAGGACGACAGUACCCUGUCAAACUGGAUUACCUCAGUGAGCCUGCCAAGGACGUUUUCGACGAUGCUCUCCAGCGCAUCUUCAAAAUUCACUGCAAGGAGCCCAUGCCUGGUGAUAUCUUGGUAUUCCUCGAAGGACAGGAGCCAAUCAACAGCUUGAAGAAGCAGGUAGAAGAGUUUGCGGAAAAUCUGACCACGGACUUUCCAAAGAUGCUUGUYCUGCCACUAUACGCAGCGUUGAAUCAAGUAGACCAGCAGCGCAUCUUCGAGCGAGCGCCACCCAACACGAGGAAAGUCAUUUUAUCUACGAACAUCGCCGAAACUUCCGUGACAGUCCCUGGCGUCAAAUUUGUCAUAGACACUGGUAGAGUGAAGAUCAAGGAGUUUCGCAAUCGCCUCGGGCUGGAUUCGCUUCUCGUCAAGCCCAUUUCAAAGUCUUCGGCGGAUCAACGAAAAGGUCGUGCGGGCAGAGAGCAGGCUGGACAGUGCUUCCGAUUAUUCACAGAGCAGGGCUAUGAGGGACUGGAGAAGGAUAUGAAGCCGGAGAUAUUACGCUGUGAUCUCAGUAGCGCACUGCUGAAGAUGAAAGCAAGAGGUGUCGAGGACGUGCGCAGCUUUCCCUUGCUCACGCCUCCGGCUGACGAAGCCAUUGACAAGUCUUUGAGACAGCUAUGCAGACUUGGCCUGUUGAAUGAGAGUGACGGAAGCAUCACCGAGAUUGGACACAAAGCCGCACGUCUACCACUUACGCCCUCACUCGCACGAGUCCUCCUGGAAGCCGCUCGACCGGACAGAGACUGUCUGCUAGAAGUCAUUGACAUCGUAGCGUGUCUCAGCGAAGAAAACAUCUUCAUCCACGUCGACACAGAAGAAGCUCGCGAAAAAGCCCAAGAAGCUCGCUCACAACUCCACCGUCGACAAGGAGACCAUCUCACCCUCCUAGCCACCGUGCAAGCCUACGCCGCAGAAACCUCGGAUCGCAAACGCUGGGCAUACGACCACAUGGUCUCUCACCGCGCCAUGCGAAGCGUCAUGGACGUGCGAAAGCAACUCACCGCCCAAUGCAAACACUUACUCGCCAAACCCACGGUGCGGUUAGCAGCCGAUGAAGCAACUCAGGAGAAUAUUCUGAAAUGUUUCCUGCGCGUCUCAUAUCCGAGUCGUAUCGCUCGUCUGUGUCCGGAUAAAAGUUAUAAAACUUUUGACGGGAAUCAUACGCUGGCUAUUUUUCCGAGUAGUGUGUUGCUUGGCAGGAAAGUCGAGGCGGUUUUGUACAAUGAGUUUGUUUAUACUAAUAAAACUUAUGCUAGAGGCGUUAGUGCUUUUCAGCUUAAGUGGUUGGAGGAGAUUAUUUGA